CACAAAAGAGCAGUUAAAGGGAGGGGAGAGGAGAGUUGGACUCUAUCCAGCAAAGAAAAUGUGUAGGAGAAACAGAGGGAAGACAGGGAAGGCUCUGUACAGUUAGGAAGAGACUAAGGGAUUCCCCCACAUGAGAGAUCCCCACCCUCUAGGUUAGGAGAGCAAACAGCUGAUGUCCCUGCCUUUGCUGACUGUCACAAUACUGCUCUCCCUCUGCAGUGCGGGGAUGUUUGGCUGUGUAAUCUCUGGAAGGGACGCCAGGGGCUACAAAGGACUCGAAGACCUGCAGAUGAGCUGGGGGUGAACUCACCCCGAACAAAACAGGACAUUACUGCCAGCAAGAGGGUUUUAUUCUUCCUUACGAUAAGAACCGUUCAAAGAGUGAUCACUGGAUAGAGGUGGCUGGAAGAGAGAACACUGGGAUCAUACCUUGGGAAAGAAGGAGCAGAGGGAGGGAGAGGCAGGAAAGGAGGAGGAGGAGGGAGAGAAAGAGUGCAGAGAGAAAGGCAGGGAUAGAGGAUGCAGAGGUACAGUACAGAGAUGCACAAGAGAAAUGAAAGAAAACCUGAUGUGGGAAGGUUUUGCCAAAUGUAGCAGAGGAGCAGAAGAAAGAAAAAUAGCAAAAAAAGAAGCUGGAGAGCAGUACAAAAUCAACAGAGAAUGGGAGAUAGAGGGUAAAGGAACCAAAGAAGAAGAGAAAAAAGAUCACACAUAAAUUGGGGAUUGGAGAGAACAAGAUACACAGUAAGAAGGAAAGCAACUCACAGGAAGAAUGUAGAAUAUUAAGAUGCAAAAUGUGGAAAAGGGAGAUAACUGAUCCUUGAAAAGCUGACCUCACCUGUCUUUUUCUGCCUUGUCCAACUAUUGUUCAAUCAACCUUCUUCAUAUCAUAUCUGGAGACCCAUCCGCUUAAACCACGACAGCUCUUCAUUCCUUGCUCACCUGCUUAUUUUCGAAGGUUUGUGUGCUCUGUAUUUCCUUGUAGUUUGAAUCAGGAAAAGUCUGUUCUAAAUGGGUGAGAAAUACUUUCUGUAAAAUCGAGUCUUACUCACACACUCGGCUACGUUUUUAGAGGCAAUAAAGCACUGCGAUAUAACUUGUGUCACCGGACUUUUUGGGUUUUCUCUAUUGGUGAACAUUGUUAAAUUCCUAAGAAUAGAAUGCUGCUAUCAAAAUCUCCAUUGCUACUAUUUGUGCAGGUCAUCACAGCGGGGGUCAGUCUUGCGUUAACCUCUAUCCAGGACCAAUGCGAAAAUCUCCAUAGUAGCUCAAACAUCACAGGUCUGGCCUGUAAUAUCUCUAUUGAUAUGAUUGGGACCUGUUGGCCUCGAACACCAGCUGGGCAACUGGUGGCACGACCAUGUCCUGAAUACUUCCAUGGUGUACAGUACAACACAACAGGUAACGUCUACAGGGAUUGUCACCUUAAUGGCAGCUGGGCCGGAAGAGGAGAUUAUACACAGUGCCAGGAAAUACUAAAACAGGAGAAAAAGAGCAAGGUACACUACCACAUCGCCAUCGUUAUUAACUUUCUGGGACACUCCAUCUCCUUGUGUGCACUGCUGGUGGCUUUCACUCUCUUCUUGAGAUUGAGGAGCAUUCGAUGCUUGCGCAACAUAAUUCACUGGAACCUCAUCACGGCCUUUAUUCUGCGGAACAUCACUUGGUUUGUGAUGCAGCUUACAUUGAGCCAAGAGGCCCAUGACAGCAAUGUGGUCUGGUGUCGCCUGGUCACUAUAGCUCACAAUUAUUUUUAUGUUACCAAUUUCUUCUGGAUGUUUGGUGAAGGGUGCUAUCUGCACACAGCCAUUGUUUUGACGUACUCCACUGACAAGCUACGCAAAUGGAUGUUCAUAUGUAUUGGCUGGUGUAUUCCAUUCCCCAUCAUUGUGGCCUGGGCCAUUGGCAAGCUUUACUAUGACAACGAGAAGUGCUGGUUUGGGAAGAAGGCCGGAGUGUACACAGAUUUUAUUUAUCAAGGUCCCGUCAUCCUGGUACUGCUGAUAAACUUUAUAUUUUUAUUUAACAUUGUGAGGAUUCUGAUGACAAAGCUCCGAGCCUCCACUACUUCAGAGACCAUCCAGUACAGGAAAGCAGUAAAGGCGACUUUGGUUCUGCUGCCUCUUCUGGGAAUCACCUACAUGCUUUUCUUUGUCACUCCGGGAGAAGAUGAAAACUCACGAAUUGUCUUCAUCUAUUUCAAUUCAUUCUUGCAGUCCUUCCAGGGAUUUUUUGUUUCAGUCUUCUACUGUUUCCUAAACAGUGAGGUGCGCUCUGCAGUCAGAAAGAGAUGGCAUCGUUGGCAGGACAAGCACUCUAUCCGAGCUCGUGUUGCCCGUGCAAUGUCCAUUCCCACUUCACCUACACGGGUUAGCUUCCAUAGCAUCAAGCAAUCUUCUGCUAUCUGACCCACCACUUCCUGAAUGGCUCCUCUAGAGCUUCCUACCCAACCCUAUAAUGAGAGGUUGUAGAGGCUCCAAACUGAACAGUAACUGAGAGACCACAUUCCUUGUGUCCAACUAAUUGUAUUUCGACAAUCAGAAAAAA